AUGUCGCGGACUGAUGAGCCAUCACGUCUGUUUGCUCAAACAUUCAGAGUAUUACUCAACUACGCUCCCCGCCUAGGCCUCAAUGUCGAACUUAUGAAAGUGCUUCUAGCAAGUCUCCCUUCCCUCGAGAUCCUCAACCUGAACGAAAAUCUUGGGCCCGCUACCCUACCCAUCUCAGCUCUCUCAGAGCUGGCCCCGCUUUGCCCGCGCAUGAAGCUCUUGACUCUCUACACGAAUACUGAACGAUUCUCGAUAUUGUCGGUAGCUACCCCGCCAGAUACGCCCCACAAGUUUAGCUGCUUGAAAGUUUUGGACGUAGGAGUCUCCCCCUUGAAGUCUCCUGCUCUGGACGUGGGGUCAUUUUUGGGUAUGAUCCUUCCGAAAGAGUGCAUCCUUAGGGUGACGAACCCUGAGGAGGAGGAACAAGCCAAGUGGAUGGCUGUUAUCGACUUUGUACCGAUGACAAUACAGUUAUAUACCGCCGGAGGGGGCCGCUGCAUCGAUCGUGGCAGGACGGGUAUCUUUUGA